CGAGUACGUUUACAACAGCCACCCACCCGCCAGUCACAAAAACCAAACGGAUCACAGACCCAACCAUUGCUGACUUCCCCAAUCCAUACAUACAACGAAAGGACCAACCUUUUUUACUCUCUCCCCUAAUCUCUUCCUAAAUCCUCGUAUUACGCUGUUGUUGUUGUUGUCUUCAAUCCUUCAUUCUUCCCCACCAUUGCAAUUAGAUUCAAUUUAUACUUUCACACUUUUAAGGAAGACAAAGUGGCCAUAUAGGCCAACAAAAACAGUUGUGAAGUGGGUGCUAGGGGGGAUUUUGGAUUAAUGGCUAGUCUAACAGAGGACCCAGUUCUUGGAAUUAACGAUAUAAAAGAGAGAGAGGAAGAAAAUGAGAAAGGAAAUACCCAAGUGGUUAAAACAGAAGAGGUUGGUCAAAGUGAGAGAGAUAUGGCUUCGGCAACCGGAAGUUCGAUUCACCGGUCGGGUUCUCGGCCUCAGUUAGACCUCAGCAAAGCUGCUAUUCAAGGGAACUUUGAAGAGAGGGACCCCACUAUUCUUCUGCCUAAUCAGUCUGAUGACUUAUCUCAUUUGGCUUUGGACAUAGGAGGAUCUCUCAUCAAGUUAGUGUAUUUUUCUAGACAUGAAGACCAAUCAAUUGAUGAUAAAAGGAAGAAAACUUUGAAGGAGAGAUUGGGAAUAUCCAAUGGUAAUAGGAGAAGCUACCCAAUUCUUGGUGGGAGGCUUCAUUUUGUGAAGUUUGAGACGAACAAGAUUAACGAGUGCUUAGACUUCAUCUAUUCUAAGCAGCUUCACCGUGGUGGAAUGGAUGCUCGGAUCUGGAAUCCUGAUGCCCCAACCAAUGAAAAUGCUGUAAUCAAGGCCACAGGUGGUGGGGCAUACAAGUUUGCAGACCUCUUCAAGGAAAGGCUUGGGGUUAGUCUUGACAAAGAAGACGAAAUGAAUUGUCUUGUCUCUGGAGCAAAUUUUUUACUCAAGGCAAUUCGUCAUGAAGCUUUCACGCAUAUGGAGGGUCAUAAAGAGUUUGUGCAGAUUGACCAAAAUGAAUUAUUCCCGUAUCUUCUAGUCAAUAUUGGGUCCGGUGUUAGUAUGAUUAAGGUUGAUGGAGAUGGCAAAUUUCAGAGGAUAAGUGGAACAAAUGUUGGUGGUGGUACUUAUUGGGGCUUGGGAAGGCUGUUAACAAAGUGCAAAAGUUUUGAUGAGUUGUUAGAGCUCAGUCAACUGGGAGAUAAUAGGACUAUAGACAUGCUUGUUGGGGACAUUUAUGGUGGUAUGGACUACUCAAAGAUCGGUCUCUCUGCAUCAACCAUCGCUUCAAGUUUUGGGAAAGCUAUUUCAGAAAACAAGGAGCUCGAGGACUACAGUCCUGAAGAUAUAUCCCUAUCUCUCUUACGAAUGAUUUCUUAUAAUAUUGGGCAGAUAUCUUAUCUAAAUGCACUACGAUUUGGUCUCAAGCGAAUAUUUUUUGGAGGUUUUUUUAUAAGGGGUCAUGCUUAUACCAUGGACACUAUCUCUUUUGCGGUUCAGUUCUGGUCAAAAGGGGAUGCACAAGCAAUGUUCUUGAGACAUGAAGGGUUUCUUGGAGCUUUAGGUGCAUUUAUGAGCUAUGAAAAGCAUGGUCUUGAUGACUUGAUGGUCCAUCACUUAGUUGAAAGGUUUCCAAUGGGUGCACCAUAUACAGGAGGAAAGAUUCAUGGUCCACCACUCGGGGAUUUGAAUGAGAAGAUUUCAUGGAUGGAGAAGUUUGUUCGGAAGGGGACUGAGAUUACUGCUCCAGUACCAAUGGCUCCAACUGGAACUACUGGGCUUGGAGGCUUUGAAGUUCCUUCAUCCAAAGGGGGUACUCUACGUUCUGAUGCAAGUGCUUUAAACAUUGGGGUUCUACAUCUUGUACCCACUUUGGAAGUCUUUCCAUUAUUGGCGGACCCAAAAACGUAUGAGCCUAACACUAUCGAUCUCUCAGAUCACGGCGAGUUAGAGUAUUGGUUUACUGUGCUGUCAGAGCAGCUACCUGACCUCGUUGAUAAGGCAGUGGCAAGUGAAGGUGGAACAGAUGAUGCUAAAAGAAGGGGUGAUGCUUUUGCUCGUGCUUUUUCUGCUCACUUGGCACGGUUGAUGGAGGAGCCUACUGCAUAUGGAAAGUUAGGGUUGGCCAAUCUAUUGGAACUGAGAGAAGAAUGCUUGAGGGAGUUCCAAUUUGUUGAUGCCUACAGAAGUAUAAAACAGAGGGAAAAUGAGGCAUCACUUGCUGUUUUAGCUGAUCUGCUGAUGGAGCUUGAUAGUAUGACUGAGGAAACAAGACUGCUUACCCUUAUUGAAGGUGUUCUUGCUGCAAACAUUUUUGACUGGGGAUCUCGUGCCUGUGUGGAUCUCUAUCACAAAGGAACGAUUAUUGAAAUUUACAGAAUGAGCCGCAAUAAGAUGCAAAGACCUUGGCGGGUGGAUGAUUUUGACGUUUUCAAAGAGAGAAUGUUGGGAUCUGGAGAUAAGAAACCUCGUCCACAUAAAAGAGCUUUGCUAUUUGUGGAUAACUCAGGUGCUGACGUUAUUCUAGGAAUGCUGCCCCUAGCACGGGAACUUCUCCGACGUGGAACGGAAGUUGUUUUGGUUGCCAACUCCCUUCCAGCUCUAAAUGAUGUAACUGCUAUGGAGCUUCCUGAAAUUGUUGCUGAAGCUGCCAAGCAUUGUGACAUUCUUCGCAGAGCUGCUGAAGCGGGAGGCUUACUUGUGGAUGCAAUGGUUAGCACUCUAGAUGAUUCUAAAGGACAUUCAUCUUCAGUUCCGUUGAUGGUUGUUGAGAAUGGUUGUGGCAGUCCUUGCAUAGACUUACGGCAGGUUAGCUCUGAGCUAGCUGCUGCUGCGAAAGAGGCUGAUUUGAUUAUCUUGGAAGGGAUGGGCAGAGCUCUUCAUACCAACUUCAAUGCAAGGUUUAAAUGUGAUGCUUUAAAGCUUGCAAUGGUGAAGAAUCAAAGGUUGGCAGAAAAAUUGAUCAAAGGGAACAUAUACAACUGUGUGUGCCGAUAUGAACCACUAAGCUAAAAAGCGCCGAUUCACAACAGGUUGUAGGGUCUGAUGGCAAGCCGUGGGUGGACUUGAUUUUCUGGAGACACCAAGUUGAUAUAAAAUGAUAAAGAUAAUGACUAUAUGCAGAUUUACGAGGACCCCGAUUUAGUGAUAGCGGGAAUGGUUUUUUUUUUUUUUUUUCUAUAUUUAAAUUCAAGUAAUUUGGUAUAGUUCAAUGUGAAGAAGAGUGGUCUAUUGCCGCCCAUUUGAUAUAAUACAAAGCAGUCUUAGUCCAAAGCA